AUGACUCCCCCACCCCGUGUAUCAGGGGCGGAGCUCGACUGGGCGGCCAAGGCGCGGCUCUGGGCGGAGCAGCGGGCGGCGCAGGAAGCGGCGGACGCAGCGGCGGCGGUAGCUGCGGCGGCAACAAAUAAAGAAGCAGCAGCUAACGGGGACAAGGAACCGCCGAAACAGGAUACUGCAGCAGCGGAUGCGGCGGGGGGGGCGCCGGGAACGCAACAGCAGGAUGUGGGUGCGGGGGCCGGGGGAGGCGGAGGAGGCGGAUACGGGGGGUAUGUCGCUGCUGACGGGACGUAUGUGGGUGGUGGAUAUGGCGGGAGCUCCGGGGCAGAACAGCAACAGCAGCAGCAGCAGCAACAGCAGCAACAGCAGCAAGAGCAGCAGCAGCAGCAGUACUAUCAGCAGCAGCAUUACCAGCAGUAUUACUACCCGCCUGAAAUGCACCAGCAGCAGCAGCAGCAGCAAAUGUACAUGUACCCACCUCCACCUCCUUCCCACGGCCCGCCUCUCCCCCCCCACACGCAUCCCCCCGAUCCCGCGUCGUUCUACCCGCCGCAGUACCCCCCUUCCCCGAUGCAGUACCCCCCUCCCCCCGCGCAAUUCCCCCCUACUGCCCCCGCUGGUUCGUACAACGGAGUGUACUCGGGAUAUGGGGACGCAAAUGCGCCUGACGCAGCAGCAGCGGCAGCAUCAGCAGGAGCCGGUUUUCCCCCGCAGCACGCGCACGAGCAGCACUACCAGCGCCUGCCCCCGCCACCCCCCCCUCCGCCGCUCCUCUCCGCCCCGCCUCCCGCGCACGCCUCCUCUCUCCCCCCUCCGCCCGCCCCGCCGCCAGCAGCAGGGGCGGCAGCAGCGUACGCGCCGCCAGCCAAUCAGGCAGGAGACAUGUCCGUGCUCUCACCAGCGGUGCUGGCGGCGGCCCAGGCGGCAGCAGCCUCUGCAGGAAUGUAUUUUGAUCCGGCUGUUUAUGACAUGGGAGGGGGUGGCUCUGUCACUCCUGGCGCUAAGCCAAAGAAGUCCCUCCCCUUGUGGCUUGUGGACGAGGUCGUCAAGAAGAAGGCAGCCCUCGCAUCCCUCCCCUCGUGGCUUGUGGAUGAGGUCAUCAAGAAGAAGGCAGCCUUAGCAGCAGCAGGAGCGGCAGACUCACCCGCUAAAGCGCCCCCCAAGGACAAAUGGUACAACGAUAGAGGCCCUCUCGCUGGAACUGGUGCUGGCGCUGGUGGCGCUUCUCGUGCUGGUGGUGGGGGGAGAAGGGGUGUGGAGAGUGACGAUGAGGAGGAGGACGAGGAGGAGGAGACGGAGGUGCAGCGGCGGAUGGCGAUGAACAAUGAGAUCAAGCGCGUGCUCACAGAAGUGCUGCUUAAGGUGGGUUGGAUGUUGAGGGCAGUCGCAUGUGAGGGGGAUUGCACGCACUGCUGCCAGGUGCAGCGGCGGAUGGCGAUGAAUAAUGAGAUCAAGCGCGUGCUCACAGAAGUGCUGCUUAAGGUGGGUUGGAUGUUGAGCCGUGUGCUUAAUUCGCCACUACACCGUCUCUCCCCGGCCUGCCCCAUCCUCUCCCCCUUGUCCCAAACUUUCCCUCCCGCACCACCCUCCCCCUUGUCCCGCGCUUUCCCCUCCGCACCACCCUUUCCCCUCCGCACCACCCUUUCCCCGUUGUCCCACACUCUCCCCCUGCCCCGACCCCUCUCUCCCUGCCAACAGGUGACUGACGACAUGGUGAGGCGGAUUGCCAAGGAUGCUCUUAGGGAUCCCCGCGAGGAGGACGACGAGGAGGAGGCGGAGGAGGAGGAGAAGGGGAAGAAUGUCAGUGGAGGGAAAUGGGUGACAGUGGGUGAAGGGGAUGAGGAGGAGGAGGAGGAGGAGGAGAAAGGGGCCGAGGGGGAGAAGGAUGGAAACAGGCGUAUGGAGGAUGAUGAUGAGGAGGAUGAGGAGGGGGAGGGGGAGGAGGAGGACGACGAAGAGGAUGAGGAGAAGGAGGAGGAGGAGAAGGAAGAGGAAGAGGAGGAGGAAAAGGAGAAGAAGGAGGAGAAUGAAGUGGAGAAGGAUAGAGAAAAUGAUAAAGAGAAGGAUGAUGGAAAAGAGAAGGAGAAGAGGAGUGCUAGGGGCGAGGAGAGGAGCAAAGAGAGGGAUGAGAGGAGGGGCAAGGAGAGGGGGAAGGAGAGGGAGAAGGAGAGGAGUGGUGAGAAGGUUGGGGAGGGGGAGAAGGAGAGAGACAGGAAGGGGAAGGAGAGGAAGAGGGAUGGAGAUGAGGAGGGUAGUAAGGAUGAAAGCAGGGAGGAGGGUGGCAAGGAGAGGAAGGGAUCGCAAGUUGAGAAAGAAAAGAAGGAGAAGGAGGAGAAGGAGGAGCGAAGGAGCAAGGAGAAGCGAGAUAGGAAAGACAAGUCCGAGGGCAAGAGUAAGGAGGAGAGCAAAGAGAAGAAAGGAAAAGCUGAUGCUGAUGCUGAUAGUGACGGCGGCAGGAGUGAAGAGCGGGGGAGGGGAGGCAGGCACGGGCGAUUAGACAAAAGGAGGGCAAGCAGGAAGGGCAGGCAUCGCAGCAAGUCUCGCUCCCCGUCCCCUCAACCCGAGCAGUCAGGCAGUGGUGGAGACGAGGAGGAGGAGGAUCGUGGCAGGUAUGCCCUCUUCCAUGCCCUACCUACCCUCCCCACCUCAUCGCUCACUUCUGCUCGUCCUCCUUUGCUGUGUUAUUCCUGUCAAUGA